ACGCGAAGAGGGCGUGAACAACGGAGGUGAAUGCCACGCGCCCUCCACCAAUAGUCGAGCACUUUGACGAGAAUAGGACCCCUGGUCUCGCGAGCUCCCAGGUGCUCGCGGUUAUCUUUCGAGAAGAAGAGGACAACAAACGACGAAGCCUUCCAAACCUCAUCCGAGACUCUUCAAUGGGGAACGCCACGUCCCACGCCGAGUACAAGAAGCCCGAUCCACGAACCUCAAUGGUGCACAGCGAACUCUGCGCGGUUCAUACCACCUGGAAGAAAUUCCAGGAGCACGACAAAGGUCCCGGCAUCUUUAUGGAACUAUUCACCAGGUAUCCCGAAUACAAGCUGAUAUUUCCAGAGUUCGCCUACAUGUCAGACGAAGAGCUGGCCAUCUACCCGCGAUUUCUCGCUCACGGCGUCGCUGUGGUUUACCAAGUGUCCUCAUUCGUAGACACCCUCGACGACAGCGCCCUCCUGCUGGAGCUGAUGCGAAAGAACGCCCGGCGUCACUACUAUCGUAAAGGGGUGACGCCAAUGCAUUUCUUCACGCUCACUCAAGUCAUCAAGUUGUUUCUGCAGCAGAAGCUGGGUCAGCUGAUGAGUGACGAGGCUGUUUCUGGAUGGGACAAGCUUUUCGCGCUGCUCAUUGAAACGACAAAAGCUGAAUACAAGCAUCUAGAGCACCUAGAGCACGAAGAGCACGAAGAGAACGAGAAAAGGAGAAAAAUGAGCACCGUGUCCAGGGUGUCCAGGAUUUCCAAGAGCUCCAAAAGUCCGAAAAGCCCGACUAAAAGUCCUAAGCACGUUUAGUUUGGAUGGACACUCUGGACUCUCGUUGUACGACUCAAUAGUCAAGCUUUCGAAUAUGUAAUUUUAUCGACAAUAUAUCCGAUGUUUUAAUAUUGUACAAGGUA